AUCAACCAACCCAACCAACAUUCAGAAAAAGAUAACACGUGUCUGUCCAAAAACAUUGGUGCACACAGAUAACAUCAUAAUCCAAAAAUGUCUAACCGUUUUGGUGUCAAGUUACAGAACCGGUUGCCAAAUUUGGCGGGCAUAUAUCCAUUUUCAGCACCAACAAUGACAACUACCAAUUCAGUUCCAUGUUGUUGUUCUUCAAAGACUCAAAAGUCAAGAAUUGUUGGUAAAAGGAGAGUUUUUGGGUGCAGAAUUCCUCGUAGAGUUGUACUAGGAAUUGGGGUAUCAUUUUGGUGUCAGUUUAUGAAUAUGGCUGGCAAUGUUGGUGGUAAAUCUUUCAUGGCUUCUGCAAGACAGAAAGGUGCAAUUGAGCAGGUUUUGAAGAAUCUGGAAUGGCCAGAACAAUUUCCUUUCAAGGAUGAGGAUUUCCAGCGGUUUGACGAAUCAUCAGAUACAUUAUUCUAUGAAAUGCCGCGUUUCGUGACACAUAUUGAUGAUCAAGCUAUUGCUGCACUUACCAAGUAUUACUCAGAGGUCUUGCCUUCUAGUAACAGUCCAGGAGUAGCAAUACUUGAUAUGUGCAGCAGUUGGGUAAGUCAUUACCCUGCUGGGUACAAGCAAGAAAGGAUAGUUGGAAUGGGUAUGAAUGAAGAAGAGCUUAAGCGAAAUCCAGUUCUAACGGAGUAUGUAGUUCAAGACUUGAAUAUUAAUCCUAAGCUCCCAUUUGAGGACAAUACCUUUGAUGUUAUAACCAAUGUGGUUAGUGUUGAUUAUUUAACGAAGCCUAUUGAUGUUUUCAAGGAAAUGUCUCGUGUUCUUAAACCUGGUGGACUUGCAAUUAUGAGUUUCUCGAACCGCUGCUUUUUCACAAAGGCCAUCUCGAUUUGGACAUCAACUGGAGAUGCUGAUCAUGUUAUGAUAGUUGGGUCUUAUUUCCAUUAUGCUGGAGGAUUUGAACCUCCACAGGCUGUGGAUAUAACUCCUAACCCGGGGCGCUCAGACCCCAUGUAUAUAGUGUAUUCCAGGAAGCUAGCGACAGCCUGAAAUUCAACUACUGUUCUACUGCAUUCAGCCCGUUCCGUUGCAGCUAUAGAGUUUUCUUGUCGAAUUGGUGCUAUAUAUGUGUAUGACAUUGAUUACAUGAAUAUGUAUAGUGAAGAGUAAUUAAGUGAAAAGUGUGAUAGGCCUGUGUCUAAACAGCUCCUGAUCCGAGAUAAUAUAAUCCCUAAUUUCCUUCGUAAACAACGUUCACAAGUAAUUCUAAAGCCAUGAUUCAGUUUUCA